CCGCUUCGGCCGCGUCGCUUCGCUUCGCUUCGCUGCUCCGCCCCCACACCGCGCCACCCCCGCUCCCCAGCCGUCCGAUCGCGCACACGUGGCCGCGCCCCCCGCCCUACACCACACGCCACGCCGCCGACGCCGACGCGGCUCCUUUUUCUCCUCCGGCACAGGCGGCCGGAGCAGCCUAGGGUUCCGGCGAGUCCCUCCCGGCCCAACCCACGGUCGAGCUGGAGGACACGCGUAGCCCCGGCUUCUUCUGCGGCGACCUCUGGUGCGGCCUCAUGGAGCCCAAGCCAAAGCCCGCGCUCACCCACAAGCCUAUAGAAGAGGCAGUAGAGAACUUGAAGAUUGAUGCUAGCACGAAGGCAAGCAACGGCAACUUGCGUGCUGCAAAAGACGCAAGUUCUUCGGAUGCAAUAUCAUGCAUUUCCUCAGCAGAUGCAGCUAGUACUGCUGCCAAGGACACUGAAUUGAACCAAGGAACUUAUAUGGGGGACCAAGGGAUGUAUUACUACGGGUACUAUUAUCCAGGCUCAUUUGGAGGAUGGGAUGAGAAUAGCUACUAUGCUGGAUCGAAUGGACUGGAGAUGCACCCGACAGCGGUUCAUGCUGAGAAUGGGUCUUAUUUGUGUUAUGUUCCGGGUUACGAAAAUGGAUAUACUGCUUAUAGUCAAGUUGUUCCUGGAACUGGCGUGGAUGGUCAGUUUGUCAGCAAAGAGCCAUAUUACUCCGCUGUGAUUCCCGUGCAGGACCCUUCUACACCUGGCAUGUAUGCUCAACCAAUUGCUUAUGGACCUGAACUAGUCCCUGCAUACACAUGGGACCCUUCUUAUGUUCUUAUGGAUGGGGUUCAGGGACAUCCUGUUGGUGUGCACCAAACGAGCUACCCUACAAGAUCAAACUACCCUUCUAAUAAGCAUGCUGUUCCAUCUUCAAAAGCUUCACGCAGCACAAAGUAUGCAUUGGGUACCACCAAAGGAUCAUCAUCAGCUGUAGACACAGUGCCAACCUCUGCCAAUAACUAUCCAUCAUCAAAGUUUGCAAAUAAGGCAUCUGGUGCUUCCAUAACGAAAGGGCAUCUUCCGUCUAGCAAGUUUGUGGCGCAUACUAACCAAGGAAAAGGAAGCCUUUAUCAAAGUAAAGGCACUAAUUUGAAUGAAAGUGGUAGAAACUGCAAUGGUGGUGAGAAGCUGAAGGCCAGAAGCAAGCUAAAUGAAUUUGGUGACUGUGAUAGAUCAGAUAAACACAAUGAUCAUUCAAAAAACAAUUUGAGCCCAGGAGCAGAUCGUUUUGGGUUGUCGGGUGUACAGGAGGUUAAUGAUGUCAUACCUUCACUUGUUGCAGUAAGCAGAGAUUCAUAUAAUCUUCCUGAUUUUGUUACGAAGUAUGAGCAAGCUUUGUUCUUCGUGAUUAAAUCUUAUAGUGAAGAUGAUAUUCACAAGAGUAUCAAGUACAAUGUUUGGGCAAGUACUCCUAAUGGAAAUAAAAGGCUUGACAAUGCCUAUAAAAUUGCACAAGAAAGAAUGGCAGGAAAAGGAACCAAAUGCCCUGUUUUCCUCUUCUUUUCUGUUAAUGCUAGUGGUCAGUUCUGUGGUGUGGCUGAGAUGCUUGGCCCAGUAGAUUUCAACAAGAGUAUGAACUUCUGGCAACAGGACAAGUGGAAUGGAUUCUUCCCAGUAAAAUGGCACAUUAUCAAGGAUGUGCCUAAUCCUCAAUUUCGACACAUAAUAUUGGAGAAUAAUGAGAACAAGCCUGUUACAAACAGCAGGGACACUCAAGAGGUGAAGUUUCUGCAAGGUGGAGAAAUGCUGAACAUUUUCAAGAACUUCUCAUGUAAAACGUCAAUAUUGGAUGACUUUGACUUCUAUGAGAAUAGGCAGAAAGUAAUGCAGGACAGAAGAGGCAAGCCGCUCGCUACAUCAUUGGAUCACCUCACGCCAAAGGAUGAGAAACCUGCAGAGCUUGAAAAGCAGGCUCAAGCUGCAAGUACCAUAGAGCAUCAUAUUGCCAAGAGAAUUGAGGAGCAGAGCAAGGAUGUUACAGCAGAUGUUGAUACAGCCAAGAGAGGUCAGGAUCAGAGCAACGUGGAUGCAGCAGAUGCCAAGACAAUUGAGCAGAGCAAAGUGGUUGCAACAGAUGUUGACACAGCCAAGAGAAGCGAGGAGAGCAAUGGUGUUGCAGCAGACCUGGAUGUGUCCAAAGGAAGCGAGGAACAGAGCAACAAGGUCGCCGUGGAGCUUGAUACGGCCAAGAGAAGCGAGGAGCAGACGAGCAGCGUUGCUACGGCAGGCUGAUGACAGGACGCACUUGAACAGCGACAAUAAACUUGCUGCGCGGAACACUGACGAUGGAUGGUCAAUCAUCCUGGAAUCUCCUCCAUUUGAUCAAGUCGAAAACGAGAAGCCUUGGAGCCGCCGUCUUCCCGUGAGAGACAUUCAGUGACCGGGAAAAAAAAAAGGUUCUGAGGCGUAUCAUGGUAGAGAAACAACAUUGCUGUUCUAGUAUUUUUCAGCUAGGAGGAGGGAGUGUUUUAAUCAUUUUUCUAAUUGUUGUCGUUUCUUCUGAUAUCGUUGUCUAAUGUCUCUGGUAGUUCCAUUGCUAAUGUGCUGGGAAGCAAACCACUUAUCGUGUGACUUGGUUUAGGUACUGGGUAGCAAAGGUAGAAAAAGGAAGGGAAAAAAAGAGUUGGAAAAGUGGUUCCACUUGCGUCAAUUCCAGUAGUGUAGAAGUGUAGAUUGACCUCAUUUUGUAUCAGAAUUUACUCCCAUUGCUGAGAAAAAGGAAAAGAAAAGAAAGGGACCGUAGAUCUAUCUGUUCAUCAA